AUAAAUAUACACUGAUCAGGCAUAACAUUAUGACCACGGACAGGUGACGUGAAUAACACUGAUUAUCUCCUCAUCGUGGCACCUGUUAGUGUGUUGGGAUAUAUUAUGCAGCAAGUGAACAUUUUGUCCUCAGGUUGAUGUGUUGGAAGCAGGAAAAAUGUGCAAGCGUAAGGAUUUGAGCGAGUUUGACAAGGGCCAAAGUGUGAUAGUAGUAAGUAGUAAGUAAGUACGUAGUAGAAUACAAAAAGUUAAAUUAAACGUAGCAGUGCAGAUAUGAAACACAGUUGUGGAUUUAACCAUAUUUAAAGCACUAUUUCAGUACACACUGCCAGUGGAUAAUAAAUAUGAAGGACCUUGUGAGUCUACAUUAUAUAGAACGUCUAUAUAAAUAGACAAGUGACAUGCGUCCUACCUGAAGACUAUCAAAUAUGGACUUAAAGACACGCCCACGUUUACAUCCACAAUCUUCUAAUAAAGCGGUGUGGUCUCAUUUUUAUACGGACUCGACGACACGCCUACAUUUCCAAAUAUGAUCUCAAAGCCACGCCUUCUCUCUGACACAACUUGAACGGGGAAGUUUUGUCAACAUGUAGAGAUGAACACUAGAAGCCGGUUGCAUUCAGUGGCACCUAAAGCCACGAUACAACACGGGCUGAAGAAAGGAUGAUCAUGAAGUCCUGGGUGUUGUGGCUGCCGUUUGCAUGGACGGUUUGCGGUGCGAACUUUUCCCCACCGGUGGUGAACGUCAGUCUGGACCAGGAACCGAAGCUGAGAUGGUGGCCACUUAAAAAGCUCUACACUGAAGAUUUCUUACAGAAAGCAGCUGCUCAGGUCAUAGAUUCUACUGUACCAGCAUGGGUUCACCAUGCUGUCAAACCUGUGGUGAGAGCUCUGGAGAAGUUUAUCCCUCAGCCCUACGCUGAUGAGAUCAGAGGCAUGGCAGCUUUCUAUGGCUCUGACAUCUCCGACAUCCUCCUGCUCAACUUCGCCUAUGAAGUUUCUGCAUUCUGCACCAGUAUUGUGGCUCAAGGCACCAAUGGAAACAUCUUUCAUGGGCGAAACUUGGACUACCCCCAUAGUGUGCUGAAGAAUCUUACCAUUGAUGUUCAGUUCAUCAAAAAUGGAGAAGUGGCCUACAGAGGCACAACUUUUGCUGGUUAUGUCGGGUUGGUGACCGGGCAAAGUAAAAACAAGUUCACUGUGACUGGGAAUCAGCGAGAUAAGGGCCACUGGUGGGACAAUGUCAUUUCAGCCUUUUUGCUAAAGAAUUCUCCAGUUAGCUGGCUAGUGAGAGAGACUCUUGAGGAGGCCUCAGACUUCCUGAAUGCAGCCAUACAGUUGGCUAAAGUACCCAUCAUUGCUGAUGUGUACUACAUUGUGGGCGGUGCUUAUCCAGGAGAGGGUGUGGUCAUCACUAGAGACAGGAAUGGCCCUGCAGAUAUUUGGCCUUUGGAUACACUUCACGGCAACUGGUACAGGAUUCAGACAAACAGCGAUCACUGGCUGUCUCCUCCCAUUCCAGACCAUAGAUUAGAAGUGGCUAUGAAAGCAUUGAAUGCUACAGGUGAAAGUAACCUGAAUGUGAGCUCUCUUUAUCAGGUUUUAUCAGUGCGUCCGGUGUGCAACAAUAUAACGGUCUAUACGACAGUGAUGAAUGCAGCUGCCCCAGAGGAGUACAGAACCGUGGUGAGAGAGACAUGUGGUUAGUCAUUUGCGACUGAGUUCAAUGGUCUAAACUAAAACUCUCACCAGACCCACACUAUUUCCAAACUGACAUACAUCAGGACAUUUUAAAUGAGCCUACAUAUGUCAAUUUUUAUUUUUUAUUUUAUAAUUGUUGUAAUUGUUUAUGAUUGAUGCUAAUUUUAUGUCUUGUUUUUGGAGAUUAUAUUUGUGUAAUGAUGGCCACAACUCUCUGUGCCCCUGACCAGCAAGAUCAAUAAAUUUCUAAUUUACUAA